AUGGAUCCUAACAAUCCCAACAACAACCAAAACAACAACCGGCUGAACCUCAACUUUGGCUACGACCGCAACAACAACUACGCGGGGCCCAACAGCCGCGCCUAUCCCACCACCCCAUCCGCCUUUCCCCAGCCGAUCUACCAGACUCAGGGGGCCCAGGACUAUGUCGACCCCUCCAACCCUGCCUAUGCUCCAGGCUACUUCAUGACCAACCCCUUUCCUCCCCAGCAGCAGCAGCAGUACGCCCAACAGCAGCAGUAUGCCCAGCAGCAGCAUGCCCAGCAACUGCAAUCGCCCCAACCCGCCUACCAGUCUCGCAUGGGCUACUCCAGCCCUAAUGAUGGCACCAAUGGCCUGGUCCAGCAAUUUUCCAACCAAGACCUCAACGCCAACCGAGGUGGCUUCUUCAACCGGGCGGGCUCGCCUGCCCGCCCUCGCACUGCCGGCUCUCCUGGCCAGGCCCAGGGCCAGCAGCCCGCACACCUUGUCCCGCCGGUGCCUCGCAGCCCCCGGCCACCAGCUGAGAACGAGGACUUGCAGCGUUUGCCGGAGCGAUACUCGGAGAAUGUUCACAAGCGGGGCAAGGCUGCAAAGGAACUAGUGACAGUAUUCUUUCAUGAGAACAUCGAGCGGGCCCGUGAUCGCAACAUGCGGUCGGUGGAUCUUGAUAAGACUCUUCGCGAACCCAAUGUGCCUGUCGAGAAAAAGAGCCAGGAUGCUGAUACAAUCGCCAAGCGGGAAUCAGACUUCCUGCGGUUCCUGCGGACCAAGGAGACCCCGCAAAAUUUCCAAACCAUCAAGAUCAUUGGCAAGGGUGCUUUCGGUGAGGUCAAGCUGGUGCAGCGCAAGACCGAUGGAAAGAUUUAUGCCCUCAAGUCUCUCAUAAAGACAGAGAUGUUUAAGAAGGACCAGCUGGCCCACGUCCGUGCCGAGCGUGACAUUCUGGCCGACUCCAAGGACAACCCAUGGCUGGUGAAGCUGCAUGCCUCGUUCCAGGACUCUGCCUACCUCUAUCUGCUGAUGGAGUUCUUGCCUGGUGGUGACUUGAUGACCAUGCUCAUCAAGUAUGAAAUUUUCUCUGAGGACAUCACGCGCUUUUACAUGGCCGAGGUGGUGAUGGCAAUAGAAGCUGUCCACAAGCUUGGCUUCCUUCAUCGUGACAUUAAACCCGACAACAUUCUCCUUGACCGUGGCGGACACGUCAAGCUCACCGACUUUGGUCUCUCGACGGGAGGCAAGAAGACUCACGAUAACGCAUACUACCAGAAUCUGCUUAAGAACUCGACAUCAAAGGACCGGAACCGUAACUCGGGCUAUUUCAACGAUGCCAUUAACCUGACCGUGUCGAACCGUGGACAGAUUAACACGUGGCGGAAAUCACGUCGUGCUAUGGCGUACUCGACAGUCGGAACCCCCGACUACAUUGCGCCGGAGAUCUUCAACGGCCAGGGUUACACCUACCUGUGCGAUUGGUGGUCUGUGGGUGCCAUCAUGUUCGAGUGUCUGGUGGGCUGGCCUCCGUUCUGUGCCGAGGAUACCACCGACACCUACCGGAAGAUCGUCAACUGGAGAGAAUGCCUUUACUUCCCGGAGGAGCUCGUCCUGUCUCGUGAAUCGGAGUCGUUGAUCCGGAGUUUCUUAUGCGAUCCCGAGCACCGUAUCGGCAGCGAAGGUGGCCAGCAUGGCGGCGCGACGCAGAUCAAGAACCACCCCUUCUUCCGCGGUGUCGUGUGGGAGCAGCUGCGGAAAAUCCGCGCGCCCUUCGAGCCGCGACUCAGCUCCAACAUCGACGUGUCGUACUUCCCCAUCGACGAGAUUCCCCAGGAGGACACCAGCGCCAUUCACCGCGCCCAGGCGCGCGCCAUGCCGGAGGCGCAGGAGGCCGAGAUGAGCCUGCCGUUCAUUGGGUACACAUACAAGGCGUUCAAUGCGUUCCAGGGGAGCUAA